AGAUAGAUAGAUAGAUAGAUAGAUAGAUAGAUAGAUAGAUAGAUAGAUAGAUAGAUAGAUAGAUAGAUAGAUAGAUGUGAAACAGAGGGAGGAGGGGGCUCGGUAGGGCUCGGUGGUCGGUGGGGUUCGGUGGGGGCGUGAGGAGAGAGAUGAUGUCAUGGUUUGUGGUCUGCAUGGUGGAUUCUGAUGGUUGCAGCCGUCCUCGGUUCUGUCGGUCCAUGUUUCCAUCCGGAUCUUCCUCAGAAUCAGGACUCUGUAGGGACAGGUGAUUGGACCAGGACCAAGACCAGGACCAGGAUCAGGUUGGACCAGGGGAAAAGCAUCCUGUUCCGGACCGCUUCAGUGAAAAAAAGGUGAAAUGGACCCAGAAACCGGAGCUAGUCCGAGGCUCGGUUCGGCCCUGGUUUUUGUCUCCAUCGUGUGUUCCGGGCCGAGGGGGGCAUGGAGGAGCUAAUCCGGUCCAAGCAGGAGGACUAGGGGGGCAGACAGGGUCCAGAAGCCGUCCUUUUCCAGUCCGGUUCCGGUCAUGGCAGCUAAAUCUGACGGGGUGCUGAAGAUGAAGCGGAGCGACGUGGCCUUCACGCUCCUGCAGAACUCCGAACACUCCGGUUCGGUUCAGGGGCUCCACCCGGGAGAGCCGGCGGACUCUGCGUGCACCGGGGACGGGGACCUGGUUAACGGGGAGUCCCGGUGCUGCGGCGGCAGCGGCCCCGGCUCUCGGUGCCUCCGGCCCGGCCCGCAGCAGCAGCAGUACUCGGUGUGGGACUGCCUGUGGGUUCUGGCGGCGGUGGCCGUGUACCUGGCUGAUGUCGGAACCGACGUCUGGCUGUCCGUGGACUACUACCUGCACCGGGACUACUGGUGGUUCGGCCUGACCCUGUUCUUCGUGGUUCUGGGCUCCUUCUCCGUGCAGCUCUUCAGCUUCCGGUGGUUCGUCCACGACUUCGGUACCGAGGACAGCUCCGAGUCCGCCGUGGACUGCUCCCAUGUGGACGGGAACAAGCUGCUGUCCGGCUCGGCCUCCCACGGGGACGUGACGGCCCAGCAGCCCCCGGCCACCCCGCAGAGACAGGCCUCCACCGCCAGCAGGAACACCACCUCCAACAGCACCGCCAGCACCGGGCCGGCCGGACACAACCGGGCCACACCGGCCUACUACUCCCUCUGCGUCUGGUUCGGCCAGUCCGUCAUCCACAUCCUGCAGCUGGGACAGAUAUGGAGGUAUUUGCGUGUCAUCUACCUGGGAGUGCGGAGUCGUCAGAGUGCUGAAACAGAACACUGGCGUUACUACUGGAGGAUGGUGUACGAGUUCGCAGAUGUCAGCAUGUUGCACUUGUUGGCCACCUUCCUGGAGAGCGCUCCACAGCUGGUUCUGCAGCUGUGCAUCAUCAUCCAGACACAUAAGCUGCAGGCUGUACAAGGUAUGACAGCAGCAGCGUCCCUCGUUUCUCUGGCCUGGGCUCUGGCCUCCUACCAGAAGGCCCUGCGUGACUCUCGGGAUGACAAAAAGCCCGUUAGCUACCUUGCUGUCAUCAUUCAGUUCUGCUGGCACUUCUUCACGAUAGCAGCUCGAGUCAUCACCUUCGCCCUCUUUGCCUCUGUGUUCCAAUUGUACUUCGGCAUCUUCAUCGUCCUGCACUGGUGCAUCAUGACCUUCUGGAUUGUCCACUGUGAGACAGACUUCUGCAUUACUAAAUGGGAGGAGAUUGUGUUCGACAUGGUGGUGGGCAUCAUCUACAUUUUCUCCUGGUUCAAUGUGAAGGAAGGAAAGACGAGGUAACGUCACACAACUUAACUCAGAGUUGAUCUAUCUAUCUAUCUAUCUAUCUAUCUAUCUAUCAUCUAUCUAUCUAUCUAUCUAUC